AUGGCUGAGUCUACUCUACAAACAUACAAUGCUAACUGCAGCAUGGAUAUACCAUCUGAGCGAGAAGAGCCCAAACCUCCCGCAGACUGGCCCGAAGGAGGCACCAGGGCGUGCAUUUACCCAGACUACUAUUCCCAACACAUGCUUUCACAUGAAACACAGUCGACUAUAUCUUGGAUUGGAUCCGUCCAGCUAUUCUUCUUGUAUGCCGGUGGCGUCAUCGGAGGACCACUGUUCGACCGCUACGGCGCCAAAGCAAGUACACCUGUGAUACCGCUCCCGGCGCUCAUAAUGGUUGUGGCAAUCAUGAUGACUUCGCUGUGUACCCAGUACUAUCAGUUUAUGCUGGCUCAGGGCAUCUUGGGGGGGCUUGCUUCAGCCAUGACCGGCGUCAGCCACUACUUCCACAAACGUCGCGCUGCUGCCCUUGGAGUAACCGUCACCGGAUCAUCCCUCGGAGGCGUGGUGUUUCCCAUUAUGCUCAGCAGGAUGAUCAAGUCUCUUGGGUUCGCCUGGUCGGUGCGCGUUGUGGGAUUUGUGAUCCUGGCCACGAUGACAAUCGCCAUCCUCACAGUCAAAGAACGGCUGGCCCCUUGUCACGGCAGCAUUCUCUUACCCUCGGCCUUUAAACAGGUUCCAUAUACGCUCGUCGUCGCGGGCAUCUUUCUCAUGACACUUGGUCUUUUUACGCCCUUCUUCUACCUGCCGCAGUUUGCGCAGCAGCAAGGGAUGAAGGGGAAGAAUCGGACGGUACAACACUUUGGUGAUUGA